GAGUGUCUGUGGACUUUUAAUUACUAUUAAAAGAUGUCUGCGAGUUUUGAUGGAACAAGUAAGAGUAGCAGAGCUGAGAACAGCGAAAAGUGCACAAAAGAUUUUAAGGAGUUGAUUGACAAGGAAGAAUAUGAGCUGAGAAAGCGUCUCCCAAGAAAAUUGCCCAAGAGGAAAACAGAUGUGUAUGUUACCAGAAAGACUAAUUUUAACUGUCAGCUAGAAAGAUCACAGAAAAUUCUGGAUUCUGAAAAUGAGGUUUAUAUUCAUGGUCUUGGUGCAGCAAUAAACAGGGCUAUUAAUCUGGCCUUACAGUUACAAUCCAAAGGUCAAGGUUCUGUGGAAAUGUCUGCCCACACUUCAACCUUGGAAUUAGUUGAUGACCUUGAACCUCAAACUGAUGACCUGGAACCAGAAACACAGUCAAGGAACAAUUCUGCAAUUCAUAUUAAGAUGUAUAAAAUGAAUCCACUAAAAGUUGAACUGUCACAAGACAAAGGAGAUGCAUCAUGAUAGAUAGUGUUUGUGAUAUGAUAGAUAGAAGUUCUAUUUGAAAAAGUCUUGUUUAGUUUUCAGAGAACUUUGAAUAGCUCUCUACAUGAAGAUUUACGUGAAGGAAUCUUUUCAUAAAGGAAUAUGAAGGAA